GCACUCCUCAAUCCUUAAAAAUAAGAAAGCUUCACCAGAACUUUCCAUCCCUUUGAACGAAAUCAGUUCUGAUUUUACAAGUUCUAAGCACUGUCAUCAUAUUCUGCACUUGUGCUAGGGUAGAUUGUGAGGUAACACCUUUCGCAAGCUUCCCCUCGACAGUUCCUCAAUCCGCACCGGGUUGUACCGAAUAUCUCGAAUUUGGCGCGCAGAUUACAGUUCAACGGAGUCGCAAUUGAUGAAAUAGACAAUAGGAAAGCAGAGAUCCCGUAUCCUUCCAGCAAAGAGAAUUCUUGUCGACGAGCUCGCCGAAAACCGACAAAAGCAAUCACAACACGAGAAUAUCUCCAACAUCAACGAUUUAGGAACUGCUCGAUUUUACGCCAUUAUUCAACAUCUCUAGAUUCAUAACUGUAAUCGCUCAACCAAGUGAAUCUUGAGAGUCUAGAAUUCAUCAAGCCCUGCAUCAUUGAUUUUCAAACAACUGAGUUCUUACUCGAUUGUUCGACAGCCAAGCAUCACACCCGAAAUUGAAUUCUGUGCCGUUACAAUCUACAAGCCAGGUUCCUCUACCUAGCCGAUCUUGAACACCGCAAGAGCAACAACUUUUAAUCCCGAUCCUGAAGAUUUCCCGGUCAACUGCAUUCAAUAAUAAUCGAGAUGUCUUUCUUAUUUUCUGCACCAGUCGAUAUUGAUAUCGUUCUGGAAGAUGGAGAUAGUCGGGAAACAGUAGAGGUUAAGAGUAAGAGUAGCAAGGAAAGGGUACCACUUUACAAAGACGGUGAAUCGGUUAGAGGAGCUGUCACCAUUAGACCUAAGGAUGGAAAAAGGUUAGAGCACACAGGUAUUAAAGUGCAAUUUAUCGGAAUGAUUGGUAAGUCACAUAUUUUGGAGAUUUGAUCAACAUAUUAGUUUCAAUUUACUAACCUUAGACCUCAGAGAUGUUCUACGAUCGAGGAAAUCACUAUGAGUUUUUGUCAUUAGGACAAGAGCUCGCUGCCCCUGGCGACUUACAACACCCACAGGCUUACGACUUCAACUUCAAAAAUGUCGAAAAACAAUACGAAUCUUACAAUGGUAUUAAUGUCAAGUUGCGUUAUUUUAUUAAGGUCACAGUAUCUAGACGAAUGGCAGACGUUAUCCGCGAGAAGGAUCUUUGGGUUUUCUCUUACAGAAUUCCUCCAGAGAUGAACAGUUCCAUCAAAAUGGAUGUCGGUAUUGAGGAUUGUUUGCAUAUCGAAUUUGAAUACUCGAAAUCAAAAUACCACCUCAAAGAUGUUAUCGUUGGCCGCAUUUAUUUCUUGCUGGUUCGUCUCAAGAUUAAACAUAUGGAAUUGUCUAUUAUUCGAAGGGAAACCACUGGAACACCACCCAACCAGUAUAAUGAAAGCGAAACUUUGGUACGAUUUGAGAUCAUGGAUGGUUCACCAUCAAGAGGAGAGACUAUCCCUAUUAGACUUUUCCUAGGCGGCUUUGAUUUGACUCCUACUUUCCGCGAAGUCAACAAGAAAUACUCUACCCGUUACUAUUUGAGUUUAGUUCUCAUUGAUGAGGGUAAGUCCUUUCUCUUAACCCUUCUUCCAAACCUAACUGACAACCACAUAGAUGCCCGACGUUAUUUCAAGCAAUCUGAAAUCGUUCUUUACCGUCAACAACCAGAAGAUGCUUUAGCCCUCGGCCAACAGACUAAGAUUGCUGGUGCACAUUCAGCUCCUAGUCCUGCAGCUCAGAAACGAAUCUCUGCUUAAAUAAUCGCAUCUCCUGCAAUUUUGACUAAUUUCUUUCGUUUCUAAUACGUUGAUACCAACAUCCUAUUUUCCUUUCUUCUUUCUUAGUUUUCCUUUUGCGUGCGUACUUAUAGGUUUUAGAUAAUGGGCUGAAAUGAAUGCAUGAAUCGAUCUGAUCAUUGGGGAGAAUAACAAGUCCAAUAAAAAUAUUAAGAUAUGAGGAGAUACUUAAAGGCCAAGGAAAAGUUUCACAGGGUGGCAUUUUUCAUGAAUGUACAAUAUGAGUCUCCGGAAGACUCUGAUAGAUAGUUGAUAUGGCAGGUCUCUUCCUUCCUUGCUUGCGGUAACUUUUACUUUUAGGAGUAAGGGUGAAAAUGCUGAGAGAUUGGGAUAUCGCGUAUACAUAUUAUGAAUAAAAAUAUUUCAAUGAA